AUUUCCUGCCCGAGGAGCGCGCCGAUGUAGGGUGCGAGGCCACGUGACGCUACUGCUGGUGAAGAGGGAAAUGGGGGUGGGGCGGCCUGGCACUGUUUCCUUUCCGGUCACGUGCGACCGGAAGUGGCGGCUGCUGCAGAGAAGCGGAGAUGGGGACCUCUCUGGAUAUCAAGAUUAAAAGAGCGAAUAAAGUGUAUCAUGCUGGGGAGAUGCUCUCCGGUGUGGUGGUCAUCUCCAGUAAGGACUCCAUGCAGCACCAGGGAGUGGCCCUGACGAUGGAAGGGGCCGUCAACCUGCAGCUCAGUGCCAAGAGUGUGGGCGUGUUCGAAGCUUUCUACAAUUCUGUGAAGCCGAUCCAGAUUAUCAGCAGCACCAUAGAGAUGGUGAAGCCAGGAAAGUUUCCCAGUGGGAAAACCGAGAUUCCUUUUGAAUUUCCUCUGCAUGUGAAGGGCAACAAGGUCCUGUAUGAGACCUACCAUGGCGUGUUCGUCAACAUCCAGUACACGCUGCGCUGUGACAUGCGGCGGUCGCUGCUGGCCAAGGACCUGACGAAGACCUGCGAGUUCAUCGUGCACUCUGCCCCACAGAAGGGGAAGCUGACGCCGAGCCCCGUGGACUUCACCAUCACACCGGAGACCUUGCAGAAUGUCAAGGAGAGAGCACUGCUGCCCAAAUUUCUCAUCAGAGGCCACCUCAACUCCACCAACUGCGCCAUCACCCAGCCGCUGACGGGCGAGCUGGUGGUGGAGCACUCGGACGCCGCCAUCCGGAGCAUCGAGCUGCAGCUGGUCCGCGUGGAGACCUGCGGGUGUGCAGAAGGCUACGCCCGUGACGCCACAGAGAUUCAAAACAUUCAGAUUGCCGACGGCGAUGUCUGCCGGGGCCUCUCGGUGCCCAUCCACAUGGUCUUCCCCCGGCUCUUCACCUGCCCCACGCUGGAGACCACCAACUUCAAAGUGGAGUUCGAGGUCAACGUCGUGGUGCUGCUGCACGGCGAUCACCUCAUCACCGAGAACUUCCCACUGAAGCUGUGCCGCACGUAGCCUGGGAGCGGGGAGCAGGCACGACAGAGGGAUGGCUUCCCAGCUGGCAGGGCUCCCAGGCCGGCAGGGCACCGCCUUCGAGAUUGUUCUGUAUCAGAAAUGGACCUGACCGUCGAUUCCUCGGCUUCUGCUCCGUGGGCACUGCUGCUAAGACCGAAACAGAGACCAUCCCGCAGGGUGCGGUAGACACAGCACUUUGUCACGAGACCUGGGAAACAUCUCUGCUGGCUCCUGAGUUCCUGCUCCUCUGUCGGCCUGGAAGGCAGUGGUGUCUGCAGCUUGAGCUUUGCUGGAAAGGCACACCCCGGGGACACGAGGGAACCCCUCUCUGAGUGGCCUGGCAUGCCGAUAGUGAGAGUCUGACCAGGCCACAUGAAGCGUGCCUGCCACGUGCAGCUACUUGUGAGGUCAAGGACGCUGUCCUGGGAGGCCUGCCCAGGGUGCCCGCUGGAAACUCGGGCCCUCUCCCCCUGUCCUGCAGUCCUGUGUGACGUUUUUCACUAUAACUUCCAAGUUUUGGGGGACUGGAAUAGAAGCAUUCAUGCUCUGAGGGGAUUCAGCAUCCUUGGCCGGAGGUGGGUGUUUAUAGCCCGCAGAGCUGGCACUGUGCCCUCAUGCCACCAGAUCCCCAGGGGUUGAGGGGAGAAGAACAAUCUGUGUGGUAUUGAAUGGCAGCAGCGUCCUCCCAGGUUGGUGGCGAGGGUGCCUCUGCAGGGAGGUGCCAGGCGCAUGCCCUUGGCUUGUACGCUUGGGCUUGCAGCUAGAGUUUCCCUCAGCCUCGCACCCCGGCUCCCUGAGUGGUGAGUCUGUCUCCUCCUAGGGCCUCCACGCUGCCUGUGAGCCACACCUGCCGGGCCCCUGCAGGCGUUGCCCCUGCAGCAGGCUGGGGCUGAAAGCCUCCGGCUGCCCCGCCGCCCUGCAGCACCCGGAUCUGCUUUGCCAAGGGCUUCACCAGUGACCCUGUGAAUGCAAGCUGAGUCAUCUGAGAGCUGCCUCCCAGAGGAUGCUUUUCUGGCUUGUAAAUCUUUUAUACUCACAUGAGUGCAAUAAUUCUCUGUUCCUGGUGAUGUGUUUAAACACGGAAGCCAGAACAAAGAGGCCGUGCCUUUUGGGAAAUCUGUAAGGAAGAAAUCAUUUGUAAUGAAAUAAAAAAUUCUAAUGAAUCUUGAAAAAAACUAAAUAAAUUUUGAGAAAAGCC